UUGCUUUUAAAUUUAUUUAUAAAAUUUACUUCAAUAUUUGAUGGCUAGUAUAGUUCUUUUAUCAAACAGCAUAGAGUUUUUACUAAUUUCAUCUGAUUUUUUUUUUGUCUGGCAAUAUUUAUAUGCAUAUGAUAUUAAUGAUAAUACGUAAACCUUAACUAUCAUGAAUUUUGUCUUACUUAUUUAUAUUGUAACUAUCAUAACCGGACGACGUUCACUGGGUAGGCCUCACACCAGGUGGACCGACGAUUUGACAAAGAUUGCGGGAAGCCGCUAUAUGCGGCCAUCGCAGGACCUUGGAGAUCUAUGGAGGAGGUCUAUGAUCAACAGUGGGCUUCGUAUAGCCGAUGUUGAUGAUUAUAUAUACUACUUUUAUACUGAUCUCACUGCACCAACUAAUUGUAUUUAGAUAUACACGUCAUUGGCUUGUUCGACAUUCAUCAAUUUUUUUUACAGGCAGAAUCAGAAUAGAAACGUAUGACAAGCGAUCACUUACUAAAAAAUAUACUUUUUUUUCAGAUAUCGUUUUAUCAGAAUGUAGAAACAAUCCAAUUGAAGUAUUUGAAAUAAAAGAAACAAAUGAAAGGCACCCUCGCUUGUAUGUGAAAAAUGUUGAUGACCUUGAAAAUUUACAAGAUGUAACGUUACUCGCAAAACUGUUACGUCCGUAUCAGAAAGAGAAAGAAAGCGUUGUGGAUAAGGUUACGAGAAAUCUGUUCGACCAACUACCUUCUAUUAAAAGAAAGAAAACAAGGAACAAUAAUAGAAGGCCUAUUUACAUUAUCGAUUUGAAUUCCUUAAACAGUUUAUAUGGAAAAAACGAAGAAAUUGAUACUAGUUUUUCUGAUGAAACUAGAAGUUCUAAUCCAGUUAUUUCGCAACUUUUGAAUCAAUUGUAAGUGCAAAAUAUUUAUUAUUUUGAUAGGAUAAUACUUCUAGCCUUGGGUAACUCAAUUUGACCAGUUGCUAUUUCAAAAGGUCUCCUCUGAAAUACUUAAGACCUUUUUUAAGAAAAGAUAAAUACAAAUUAAGUUUGAAUAUUGUAUAUUUACAAUACGAAAAUCUCGUUGGCAGUGUUUUCUUUUAUUAUAUGAAAACUUAUCUCAAGCUUUGGUCUUCAUAAUUGUAUGAUAAUAUUAUUAUACUCAAGUCUCUUGCAGUACUGUUGAGACAGAGAAUCUUUAUAUUCGAUGAAUUAUGUUCUUUCUUCUGCUUUUUCCUACUAGAUGUUGACCACCACUUCGUUAAUUUGUUAGUACAUUCUCUGAUGUUUCUUAACUAGGAUGGAUUUCUUAUAUCUCUCAUCGCUUCUCUUGCCUUCCAUUUCUCUUGCCUAUAAAUAUCAUUAUUGUUCUUGUUGCGUUCUUUAAUAUGCAUUAAAAUCCUCGAUUUCAGAUUACCGCAAAAACACAGCGCCUCAAACAUACAGCCCCUCGUCCACUCAGCAUUACGUAGCAGUGAUGGAAAAUCCUGUAAGUAACAAUAGAAUUUUUUAUCUUUACCUAAGAUCUUUGUCCAUUUAUAAUGAAGUACAAUUUUUAAUAUUAGGAUAUAUAACCGUGAAACUAUGAUAUUGUUAUGAGCUAGGAUUCAAAAUAAAAAUUAACGCCAAUUAAAUACACAUUAUUUAAUCAAUAAACAUUACAAAAAAAAAACUAACAACAAAAUAUACACUUCAACUUUACUUUUUCACGUCACUACUUCACAACACUAUUAGAUCGUCCAG